UCUACCACCGCCCGCUGCCCCCAGCCCCUCCCUCCAGGUCCCCUGUUCCUGGGUCACAGGUGGGGGUCGGGUCUGGCCUCACCUUCUCUGGUCCCACCAGCUGGUGCAGCGAUGACCGUCACCUACACAGCCCGUGUGGCCAACGCACGCUUUGGCGGCUUCUCACAGCUGCUACUGCUGUGGCGCGGCAGCAUCUACAAACUUCUGUGGCGGGAGCUGCUCUGUUUUCUCGGGCUCUACAUGGUGCUGAGCGCUGCCUAUCGCUUCGUGCUGACUGAGGAGCAGAAGCGCUACUUUGAGAAGCUUGUCGUCUACUGCGACCAGUAUGCCAGUCUCAUCCCCGUCUCCUUCGUGCUGGGCUUCUACGUGAACCUAGUGGUACACCGCUGGUGGAAUCAGUACCUCUGCAUGCCACUGCCCGAUGCCCUCAUGUGCGUGGUAUCAGGCACCGUGCACGGACGCGACGAGCGCGGCCGGCUCUACCGGCGCACGCUCAUGCGCUACGCAGGGCUCUCGGCAGUGCUCAUCCUGCGCUCCGUCAGCACCGCGGUCUUCAAGCGCUUCCCCACCAUAGACCACGUGGUGGAGGCUGGGUUUAUGACCCGCGACGAACGCAAAAAAUUUGAGAACCUGAACUCAUCCUACAACAAGUAUUGGGUGCCCUGCGUCUGGUUCUCUAACCUGGCGGCACAGGCCAGGCGUGAGGGCCGCAUCCGCGACAACAGCGCCCUCAAACUGCUGCUUGAGGAGCUGACUGUGUUCCGGGGCAAGUGUUCGAUGCUCUUUCACUACGACUGGAUAAGCGUACCCCUUGUCUACACUCAGGUGGUGACCAUCGCCGUGUACAGUUACUUCCUGGCCUGCCUCAUCGGACGCCAGUUCCUCGACCCUGCGCAGGGUUACAAAGACCACAACCUUGAUCUGUUUGUGCCAGUCUUCACUCUGCUGCAGUUCUUCUUCUAUGCAGGCUGGCUUAAGGUAGCAGAACAGCUCAUUAACCCCUUUGGAGAGGAUGACGACGAUUUUGAGACCAACUUUCUCAUCGACCGCAACUUCCAGGUGUCAAUGCUGGCGGUGGAUGAGAUGUACGACGACCUGGCCAUGCUGGAAAAGGACCUGUACUGGGACACUGCGGAGGCUCGAGCCCCCUACACCGCGGCCACAGCUUUUCAGAGACAGCAGCCCUCCUUCCAGGGCUCCACCUUUGAUAUCACGUUGGCCAAAGAGGACAUGCAAUUCCAGCGGCCAGAUGGUGUGGACGUUCCACUGGGUGAGGCGCCUAUGGACUUCUUGCAGCGCCUCCUGCCGGUAGGCCCGGGCAUGGCUGCAGGAGGCCUGCUGGGCCGGCGACUGUCUUUGCUGCGCCGCAAGAACAGCUGCGUGUCAGAGGCAUCCGUGGCUGCCAGCUGCACGAGCGCCCUGGAUGGCGCGGCCUCGGAGUGCGGCUGCGGGGACCUAAUACUGGACUCCAGCCUUCGAGAGCCAGACCUUGAGCCCUCCACUGGGCCUGAGCCGCCAGCCCUGGGGCCUGCUGCUGAGCCCUUCACCACAAUGCCCAUGCCAGUGCCUCGGGGGCUGGCUCCACCCUGGCUGCCCAGCCCCAUUGGUGAGGAGGAGGAGAGUCUCGCCUGAGACCCUGGGGCCAAGAUCCCCAAGAACAGGGAACCAAGACCCCACACCGCACCCAGGCAGAGGUAGGGGUCUGCGUAAGCCGCCUGUGGAUUUCGCCUGCUGGUUUUUGACCAGUUCCUGCUACCUGUGCUCCUGCUUUCACACCUGUCCAGCAUCUCCUGUGGGCCAGGCACUGAACUAAGGGCAGGUAAUUCUUUCAGCUGCUGAUCGGCUCAUCCUUCCCACCAGCUCUUCUUUCCACUCCCUACUACCUGAGAGGCCUCUUUCAGUGUGUCCUGCCUUUAUUGUUUUCCUAAAAUGGGAUAUGAAUGCCUACAUCUUUGAGUUGUGAGGAUAGUAAUGAAAUGAUAGC